CAUCCCCAAACAAAAAAAAACAUAUAGAUUCGGCUGGUCCAUCCAAAUCCUGUAUACCAUUGCCAGUUUUCAUCUGUCAGAAUUUUAAAAUUUUCAAAACAAGUAGCUCUGAAUUGGUGAAAUAUCAUUAUCAAACAGAAAUGGAACAAGCCACUACUAGUUUUCAUUCUCUAUAUAACCUCUAUUUAAAUAACGUCAAUACAGCAAGUGAACCCCCCAAAAAAAUAUAGUUUCAAUGGAGACAAAACCAUCAAUGUACCUUUCUCUCAUAUCAUUCUGGUUCCUCUGCUCACCAAUCACCAUCAUAACCUUGGCUUCAUCAUCGUCAACAUGGUAUGAUGAUCAUAUCUCACUGAGAGAGGUAAGCCAAGAAGAAAAUUUCAAUUUUGGAAAAGACUUUCUCUUUGGCACUGCUUCUUCUGCUUACCAGUAUGAGGGAGCUUACUUAACCGGCGGCAAAACCCUAAGCAAUUGGGAUGUUUUCACAAGCAUCUCUGGAAAAAUCGCAGAUGGAAGCCAAGGCAAAGUCUCUGUCGACCAUUACCAUCGAUAUCCGGGAGACUUGGAUCUGAUGGAAGAUCUUGGAGUUAAUAGCUAUCGCUUUUCUUUAUCGUGGGCUCGGAUUCUUCCAAAGGGAAGAUUUGGAGAUGUGAACAUGGAAGGUAUUAAUCAUUACAACAGAAUGAUCAAUGCUAUUCUCAAAAGAGGGAUGGAGCCAUUUGUCACGUUGACACAUUAUGACAUGCCUCAAGAACUCGAAUGUAGAUACGGAAGUUGGCUAAAACCGCAAAUCCGGGAAGAUUUCGAACAUUACGCAGAGAUAUGCUUCCGACACUUUGGGAAUAGAGUUAAGUUCUGGACUACGUUUAACGAAUCGAACGUUCAAGUGAUUUUGGGUUAUCGUAAAGGGACUUACCCGCCAUCACGUUGUUCCAAAACUUUCGCAAACUGCACACGUGGCGGUUCCGACAUAGAGCCACUUGUCGCUGCUCAUAAUAUCAUCCGCUCACAUUUUGCCGCGGUCAGCUUAUACCGGGAAAGAUUUCAGGAACAAGGAGGAAAGAUCGGUAUUGUUAUGAACGCGAUCUGGUUUGAACCGGUUAGUGACUCUUUAGCAGAUAGUUUAGCUGCUGAGAGAGCUCAAGCUUUCUACUUGACUUGGUUCUUAGACCCGAUUGUGUUUGGAAGAUAUCCAAGAGAAAUGCAAUAAAUUCUUGGACAAGAUCUUCCGAAGUUUACGAGGGAUGAUCUUAAAAGCUCAAAGAAUGGAUUAGACUUCAUUGGGAUUAAUCAGUACACAAGCAGAUACGCUAAAGAUUGUCUGCACUCAGUAUGUGAACCGGGCAAAGGAGGUUCCAGAGCUGAAGGUUUCGUCCAUUCAAACGCUCUUAAAGACGGUUUACCUUUAGGAGAACCGACCGGAGUAAACUGGUUUAAUGUUUAUCCUCAAGGAAUGGAAGAAAUGUUGAUGUAUGCAACAGAGCGAUACAGAAACAUUCCAUUGUAUGUAACAGAAAAUGGUAAGGAUGUGCCGUAAGCUAAGCUAAACUGUGUAUGAGUUACAGUGCCGUCUCAAAUUAUUUUAUAGGCCUUUUUCAAAAAUAUUAUUUUCUAAUUAUUUGAAUGGUAAGUCUUAUAUUUGUAAAUACAUCUAAAAACUUAACGUUUUAGUCCUUAAUUUAUAUAUUUAUUGUAAACAAUUCUUAGUUUUUUUUCUAUUUUUAAUACUAGAGACCAUGUUCCACCGCUCUACUCAAUUCACUUGUUGUGGGUUUUGGUGAGAACAGUACGGGAGUAUUGUUAAACGAUUACCGGAGAGUGAAGUUUAUGAGCAACUACUUAGAUGCACUUAAAAGGGCCAUGAGGAAAGGAGAAGACGUAAGAGGAUACUUUACAUGGUCUUUACUCGACAACUUUGAGUGGAUAUCAGGUUAUACCGUAAGGUUUGGUAUGUACCACGUCGAUUUCAACACUCUAGAGAGAACCCCAAGACUAUCAGCUUCUUGGUACAAGAACUUCAUUUCCAAGCACAUAAGCUCUCAAUCUAAAGAUGAUGCAUGAAACAAAAGGAAAGACCCAUGUUGUUUGUAUCUCUUGUUUGAUUUCUUC